AUGCUAUUCGGGGCUUCAUCGGGACAACAGGAAACAACUGCGGUAACAUUCCAUAACCUUACGGAGGCUGAAACAAGUGUGAUGGAGCGUUAUUUAAGUCUGAAACAAGGGCCUACGGCCUCACAGGUCCUCCAGAGAAACCCGAAGUUCAAGUCACUUUUGACCAACUUGGUUUUGGGCCUUAAGCAAGAGAGGCAGCUGCUAUAG